AUGGAAACAGUACACAGCACAGCUGAUAUCAACGGGGCACAGCCGGAGGGGGAACGCCGGCCGGAACCCAUUGCUAUCAUUGGAUAUGCCUGUCGACUCUCUGGACAGGUUUCCUCUCCCGGGGACUUAUGGGAGCUGUGUACUCGAGGUCGGAGCGGCUGGUCGCCCGUGCCAAAAGACCGAUUCUCUCACAGCUCCUAUCACCAUCCCAACCCCUCCAAGCCUGGCACUUUCAAUCCGGCGGGAGGUUACUUUCUCGACGGAGAUCUCUCUCGAUUCGAUGCCCCUUUCUUCAACGUGACUGUCCAAGAAGCCAUUUCCAUGGAUCCUCAGCAGCGUCUGCUACUCGAAUGCUCCUAUGAAGCUUUGGAGAGUGCCGGCAUUCCCAAAGAAUCUCUCGCGGGCCGCAACGUCGGCGUUUUUAUGGGCGGCAACUUUUCGGAUUAUGAACUCAAUAAUUUGCGUGAUAUUGAGACGAUUCCUCCGUUCCAAGCCACAGGCAAUGCCCCGGCUCUCCAAGCAAACCGCAUUUCAUACUUUUUUAACCUACAAGGACCUUCCUUGAGCAUCGAUACCGCUUGCUCGUCGUCACUGGUGGCACUGCACUACGCUGUACAGAGUCUGCGAAGUGGCGAGGGUGCGGGCGUGGUGCUGUUGAAGCCCCUCGCUGCCGCCAUCCGCGAUAAAGAUCCCAUUCGAGCCAUAAUUGCUAAUUCAGGCGUCAAUCAAGACGGGAGAACCAAGGGUAUCACGAUGCCAAAUGAGCAUGCGCAGGAAAAACUGAUCCGCCGUGUUUAUCGCGAAGCCAAUCUCAACCCGGAGGAGUGUGGCUUUGCGGAGAUGCACGGCACUGGAACUAAGGCUGGAGACCCCGUUGAAGCGCGCGCCGUACACGCAGCGCUGGGAGAAGGCCGAACAGCUCGAAAUCCGCUGUAUAUCGGAUCGGUGAAGUCAAAUGUGGGCCACUUGGAAGGCGCCAGUGGGAUUGUAUCGAUCAUCAAAGCCGCCAUGAUGCUGAAUAACGGGCUCAUGCUGCCCAACGCCGACUUCAAGAAGCCGAACCCCAAUAUCCCGCUUGCAGAAUGGAAUAUGAAGGUUGUGACUUCGACCCGGCCUUGGCCUCGGAGCAAAAAAUAUGCCAGUGUCUCUAACUAUGGAUUUGGAGGAACAAAUGCUCAUGUUGUCCUUGAAAAGCCGCCUCCGCCAGUCCAAGCGGAGGAUGAUGCUGUGGCAGAUGGCGAUCCCAAGAACCGGCUUUUCCUAAUUUCUGCCAACGACAAGGAUUCGCUACGAAUUCGAAUCCAAGAUUAUGGCAUUUAUUUUGAGCAGCGGCCCGAGGUGUUUGAGAACUCGCUCUUCGGCAACUUUGCCCACACGGUUGGCACCAAGUUAUCUCAUCUCUCGUAUCGGGUUGCCCUGCCCGCUGCUUCCCUCGACGAGCUCGGUAUCAAGAUGGCUCAGCUCAAGGCCAAUCCGGUCCGAGUUUUAGGGACACCGACAAUCGCAUUCGUUUUCACUGGUCAAGGCGCCCAAUGGGCGCAGAUGGGCAUUCCCUUGAUGGACGAGUACCCUGUAUUCAGGUCAGCGAUUGAACGAGCAGAUAAAUGCCUUCGUGUCCUGGGUGCCGAAUUCUCUCUUCUCAAGGAGCUUCAAAAAGAGAAUGCCAUCUCGGAGAUUCAUUCACCACAUCUGAGCCAACCGGCUUGUACUGCUCUCCAAAUUGCUAUCACUGAUUUACUCGGCUCUUGGGACAUCCGGCCUUCAUCGGUCGUUGGCCACAGCUCCGGUGAAAUUGGCGCUGCCUAUGCGGCCGGUAUUUUUGACCUGGACGGUGCGAUGGCUCUGGCUUUCCGCCGUGGCCAGAUGACCCAGCUUCUGAAGAGUUCAUACCCGCUUCUUAAAGGCACCAUGAUUGCCGUUGGUGCGGGUCCGGAUACCAUCAAGCCCAUCCUCAAGACUCUCGGCUCUUACGCCACCGUCGCUUGCGUGAACAGUCCAUCUAGCGUCACCGUAUCUGGAGACUCCGAUGCCAUCGAUAAAUUAGAGUCCAUUCUUCAAGAGAAACAGCUAUUCAACCGCAAGCUUAAGAUUGACGUUGCCUACCACUCCGACCAUAUGAAAAAAGUGGGUGAAGCUUAUCUGGCUGCUAUCAAGUCAAUUCUGCCCUCUUCUAGCGCAGUGGCUACUUUCUUUUCGUCUGUCACCGGCGAGAUUGCACAACCUACCGAUUUGGGUCCUGCAUACUGGGUUGCUAAUUUGACUUCACCCGUGUUGUUUGCCAACGCUUUGAGUAAGCUGUGCGCGGACGAGGAGAAGCGACCGAACCUACUUAUCGAGCUGGGGCCACAUUCAGCCUUAAAAGGCCCGAUCUUGGAUACUAUGAAGAGCCUCGGCUCUUCCACAUCGAAGAUUGGCUACACGCCCACCAUUGUCCGUAAUGCGGAUCCCGCUCAGUCAGUCCUGGAGGCGGCUGGCGCUGCUUAUGUGCGAGGUGCCAGCCUCAACAUCACGGAAAUAAACUUCCCGUGCAGUGCUGCAAGGAACCGGUCGUUCUUGCGGGAUCUACCCAAGUAUCCCUGGCAGCAUGAUACCCGGUAUUGGCACGAGGCGCGUAUUGCAGAGAAUCACAAAUUCCGCGACGGUAUUCGAAACGAUAUGCUGGGUGCAUUGGCUAUCUAUUCGAAUGAUUUGGAGCCUACCUGGCGCAAUAUAGUUCGUCUUGAUGAUAUUCCCUGGCUUCGAGAGCAUAGGAUGCAGGGUAUGAGUGUGUAUCCAAUGGCCGGAUAUGUAAGGCGAUUUCAAUUUGACUGA